UGUUAGCCAGCGGGAUGAGUGGCGCGCCUUGACGACAAAGGGGCUGAGCGCCACCCUAACGUGAGCCACUGGGAGUGGUUUCGUGGGCUGCAUGGCUGAACUUUGGUAACACAACAAUGCGUUGUCGAGUCUGCGGUGCGGCACCGCAACGCAUUCACGAGCCAAAUCAAUCCCUGCCGCGAUGUCGUGCUUGCCUCCCUUCUGGCUGGGGGGUGAGACGCCCACGGUGCGAUAUAUGACAACGGCGGGCGUACGGCUGUCGGGGCGUCACUUCAUAAAAAUUCCAUGGCAUGGCAGGGCUUCGUCUCCAACUGUGCGCUUCGCGUCUCAGCGAUAGUCCGCCUUUCGUCCAUCCCUCUUGCGUCUCGUCAUCAUCAUGGCGGUAGCAACUUCUCUGAGCUUGGCCAAGGCUGAGGCCACACCAAGAGUCAUUCGCAACCUGUCCUGCAGCGAGCUGUAUCAGGCUGCCGUCCAUCUCCUGGGCCAGUACGUCGGCGCUGUCAUUUCAUGCCGCUACGCCGUGCCGCCGCAUCUCCGGAGCCAAGAUGCAGACGCCGAGCUGCGACUGGCGCUCGAGGCGGCACUCGCGCAAACCGUGCUGGACCACCCCUUGUUGCAGUGCGGCAUCAUCAACGAGGAUUCGCGGAAACCAUCUUUUGUCGAGCUUGAUGCCGUUGAUUUCGCGAACCAUGUGGAUUGGGUGACCCUGGAUGCAUCAGACGACCUGCACGGGGCGCUGCGUUCUACUCUAGAAGCAAGAAUCAGCCGCAACUAUCCUGAUGGAGCAACUCGCCCGGGAUGGAGGGUUGUGGUAUUACAACCUCACCCAGGGGGCGAUUCAGCGGUGCUUGAAGUCGUCUUCCUCUACAACCACAUCGUCGUGGAUGGCAUGAGCGGCAAGAUCUUUCACGAAACCCUCCUCCACCAUCUCAACUCUCAGGACCCCCAGGAGCCGGUACCAAACCUUGAUCGCCGCGUCCUCCACCUUGUUGACACGGCGGCACGGUUCCCGCCAGCACCUGAGACUGUCACUGCGUACCCCAUCAGCAUCUACUUCUUUGUUGGUGCCCUCUGGAAGGCGUUCAGGCCCAACUUCUUUGCCGCGCGAGAGGGCCUGCUCGCGAAGUGGGCGCCCAUACAACUGAAGCCAUACAAGACAAAUCUCCGGGUCGUUACCGUCGGAAGCGGGUCUUUGUGCAAUAUCCUACGCCUCUGCAGGGCAAACAAGACGACGCUCACGGGCCUCCUGCAUGGCAUCGCGCUGCUUUCAUUUGCCAGACAGCUCGAUGUCGCGACGGCGCCCGGCUUCGAAUCUGGCACGGCCAUUGACAUGCGCAGGAGCACACCAAAGGCUCCCGACGGCUACCCGUGGUAUGAUCCAAGCCGGACGGCCUGCAACAUCCUCUCCACCAUAUUCCACCGGUUCGACAAACGCCUUGUGAGCGAUGUGCGUCGCCAGCUCGACGCAGCACCUCCUCCGGAUGAUGCGGGCGGUUACGAUCAAUUGUGGAUGGAGGCUCUCGCCCCCGUCGUUUGGGCAGCGGCGCAACGAACGCGCCGAGAGAUCGAGGCGGCCCUCGCGCUGGGCAAUCGCAACAACAUGCUCGGGCUUCUCAAGUACGCGUCCGACUGGCGCGCGACGAUGCGGGCUCAGGCGUCGAAGCCCCGGGCCGGGUCGUGGGGGGUGAGUAACAUUGGCGUCAUCGACGGGCACGCGCCGAGCGCGAAGACGGACUGCGGGGCACACUGGAGCGUCGAAUCUUGCACUUUUACCAUGAGUGCCGAGGCGACGGGCACGGCGGUGCAUAUCAGCGCUGUCUCGGUCAAAGGAGGCGAGCUCAGCGUCGAGCUGGCCUGGCAGGACGUGGUUGAUGGGACGGUCAUCAACCAGCUGGGAGACGACCUGAAGCAAUGGUUGGAGUAUUUCGGAACAUCCAAGGUCAACACCUCCUAGAGAGUACGAUGACGAUGGCAGGUUCCGGCGAAGCCUACACGUCGACCGGAACGCCAGUUUGCACAGGUCUCGGUGCAAGAAAUGGUUAAAACAUCAUGUAUCAAUAGCGAGCGCCUGCUAGAAUGAUUCUAAAAACAAUAACAAAAAGUCACAAUGUCUAUAAGUCGACGAGGAUGUCCUCGUCCGUGCCGCCGAGCUGCUUCCGCCACAAGGCCGCAUACUUGCCUCCCUUGUCCAGCAGCUCCUGA